CCUGUGGACAUGCGCAAUGCAUGUCAGUGACCUUCCUUGUGCGGCCUCGUCCAGUAGCUAAACGAGGACCUUGAUUGUAUAUUACAUUGUUCUUUCAUUUUGAUUAAUCUGACAGAAACCGGACCAUGGCGGGUUCGGUGGAGGUUCCCACUUUCAAUGACUUGAAUGUUGAGGAGAUCAGUGUGUCAUCUGCGGUGCUGAAGGGAGCUGCCCACCACUAUGGCUCACAGUGUGACAAGGCCAACAAGGAGUUCAUGCUCUGUCGCUGGGAGGAGAAGGACCCUAGGAAGUGUCUGAACGAAGGGAGGAAAGUCAACGAGUGUGCACUUAACUUCUUCAGGCAGAUAAAGGGGAGCUGUGCUGAGUCCUUCACAGAGUACUGGACCUGCCUGGACUACUCCAACCUGGCGGAGCUGCGGCAGUGCCGCAAGCCGCAGCAGGCCUUUGACAGUUGUGUGCAGGACAAGCUGGGCUGGGAGAGACCCAACCUGGGAGAAUUGUCCAAGGUGACAAAGGUGGACACCUCUCGUCCCCUUCCUGAGAAUGCUUACCACUCGAGACCCCGGCCAGAGCCCAACCCUGUGAUCGAGGGCCAGCUGCAGCCAGCCAAGCACGGCAGCAGACUCUUCUUCUGGAGCUGGUAAAGGGUAAUCUUCCCAGCCUCCGCCCCAAUCCUCACCUUAACCAUUAGUGGGGGGGGGGGAUGCAAAACUAGGGGCAACUUCACCCUACACCGGAAGGCAGUACUCCAGAUCCUAUCCCAUCAAGCCUGCUGUCUUGUCCAGUACAGCACACCCACCAUCAUCAGACCUGGUUGGACAGAAAGGGGCGUCUGUGUGCACCAGCCAUCGUCACAUCUCCUGUCCCUAUGUUGUAGAAAUGAUAAUGAAUGAACAAAAACUACUUGUGUUUAUUGUUGUGAAAUAAAUACUAAAUAUUGAAGUUGUUUAGAAAUCUCUUGUCUGGUAGUUAGAAUGUUACACAUCGGUUUUAAAGGGAAUGUUCAGCUGAAAUGUCUUGUAUUUUUGCGUUUGGUUCAAAAGACUCAAGGAAAUGUAUUUUCUACAAACUUUAGGAGAUCAUUGAUUUAAGUUAUGAUUUUGCAGACAGGAACAGUGUCUGUCUCCCCCACUUGAAAUCCUGGAGUGUAGUCAUCAUCAACUGUAUUGUUGGGUUCAGGGUCAGUACCCAUGAGCACCGUCCAGUUUCCUCCUGUUCUCCCUGCUCACUUCCUCCCUGAGACCUGGAGGAUGGUCCUGGGAAGACAGGCGGGGUCAGUUCAAAGACAGUCUGCAUCCCAAAUUGCAACCUAUUCUCUAUAUAGUCCACUACUUUUGACCAGAUCCCUGGAGUGCCAUUUGGGACGAAGCAUCAGCGUCGUAUAGAGAGAAGGCUGUUGAUAUCCACACAUUGUCUGACAAAGAAACUGUCUAACGAGUAUUGGAACUGGCCUCAAAGGUUCUCAAUUAAACUUUAUUGUCCCCACAGGGAAAUCACCAUGUUACUCUGACCCUGUAGUGUACUCUUCACUAAAAUGUUAACAAGCA